AGUCCGCUCAGUGUUUAUGUUCAGAUGCUCCCAACAAAGGACAACGCGCAGCGGAGAGCCUGUCAUUUAAAAUAAUGCACAGUGGAUAUUUUCUCAUUCGCCGAGCACUUUUAACUUAGCACAGUAGGCGAACAACCACUGCAAACUCUCACUCGCCUCCUCUUUUUAUGCGUAUUUGUUGUUAAUGUUUAUUGCUGGUGGUGAUAACCCUGGCUGGGGAUUUUUUUUUUUUUUACCCAAAAUUUGUCUUUUUGUGUGUGUUAACGCUAGCCUGGUAGAGCGUUAACGUUAGCUCUAGCCCGCUAGCCUCACCAAGUUGUGAAGCCAGCAGCUGGUGGACAGCCUAGCAGCCCUGUCUCUGUCCCUCAGCCACACCGGAGAGCUGGAACAAAAAGGACCUGACCGCUUACAUCGCUGGCAGGACAAGUGGUGCUGCGAAGGACAGACGCAUGAAGCAUGAGAGGGCGGAGCUGAGGCUCAGUUGACCCCUCCCCUUCCUCCUCCUCCUCCUCUCCCCUGUGCUCCAUUUGACCAGCACCUCCCCCCUCCCCUCCCUUCCUUUCCCCUUCCUGUUGCCCCUCACCCUGUUAAAUCUCACCUGGCUCACCUCCCCUCCGCCUCCAAACCUCAGCCAGCCGUGCCCAAUGCUCUCCCCAGAGCAGGACAACAUUUCCACCACCGCCUCCACCAAAGUGCCAGUGAAGUAUGGAGAGCUCAUUGUGCUGGGGUACAAUGGCUCUCUGCCCAACGGGGACCGAGGCAGACGUAAAAGCCGUUUUGGACUCUGUAAAAGACCGAAGGCAAAUGGGGUCAAGCCCAGCACAGUUCAUGUUGCGUGCACCCCGCAGGCAGCAAAGGCCAUAAGCAACAAAGACCAGCACAGCAUCUCUUACACUCUGUCUCGAGUCCAGACGGUGGUGGUGGAGUACACCCAUGACAGCAAUACAGACAUGUUCCAGAUCGGUCGAUCAACAGAGAGUCCCAUAGACUUUGUGGUGACGGACACAGUGGCGGGCAGCCAGAGUAACUCAGACACCCAGUCGGUCCAGAGCACCAUCUCCCGGUUUGCCUGCCGCAUCAUGUGCCAGCGCACGCCGCCCUACACUGCGCGCAUCUACGCCGCGGGCUUCGACUCCUCCAAGAACAUCUUCCUAGGGGAGAAAGCUGCAAAGUGGAAAACGUUGGAUGGUCAGAUGGACGGGCUGACCACUAAUGGUGUGCUUGUGAUGCACCCGCGCAACGGGUUCACACAGGACUCCAAGCCCGGUGUGUGGAGAGAGAUCUCAGUCUGCGGCAACGUCUUCACCCUUCGAGAAACCCGCUCUGCACAGCAGCGUGGCAAGAUGGUGGAGACGGAGAGCCAGGAGUUGGUUGACGGCUCACUCAUCGACCUUUGCGGCGCCACCUUGCUGUGGCGCACCGCCGAGGGCCUGUCGCGCACACCCACCCUCAAACACCUUGAGGCGCUGCGGCAGGAGAUCAACGCAGCCCGGCCGCAGUGUCCCGUGGGCUUCAACACGCUGGCCUUCCCCUCCAUGCGCCGGAAGGACACCCCGGACGAGAAGCAGCCGUGGGUCUACCUGCAGUGCGGCCACGUGCACGGCUACCACAACUGGGGCAACCACCGCGAGGAGAGGGAGGGCCGCGAGGGCCGCCUCAGAGAGUGUCCCAUGUGCAGAACCAAGGGGCCCUACGUGCCGCUGUGGCUGGGCUGCGAGGCGGGCUUCUACCUGGACGCCGCCCCGCCCACCCACGCCUUCAGCCCCUGCGGCCACGUCUGCUCGGAGAAAACGGCAGCCUUUUGGAGUCAAAUCCCACUGCCCCACGGCACACACACCUUCCACGCCGCCUGCCCCUUCUGUGCCCAACAGCUGACUGGCGAGCAGGGCUAUGUCAGACUCAUCUUCCAGGGACCCCUCGACUAGUCAGAGGGCGUGUCCCAGCAUCCACUUGGAAAGGGGCGGGGUGGGGAAGUGCUUUCUUUUGGAUGCUAACCUCGCAUAAGAAUGACGCUUGUAGCUCCCCAGAAACCAGUUUUGUUUUGUUCUUUCUUCUGCCGUUCUUUUAUAAGCUUUUUUUUUUUUUUUUUCGGGACUCUUCUCUCCUCCUCUCACAUCAAAGUGACCUUGAUAUUGCUUUUUCAUGAAUGACAACAAAGAUUUCUAUAUUUUCAUGUGAAACCAGAGACACAAAAAAAAACAAGCAUACAAAGAACACUGCUGGGUGAAAUUUUGUGUUGUUUUUUUGGCAAAGAACUUUUAACAACAGUAUUUAUCUAUACUACUAACAUACCGUAGAGCAAACAUACGGUUUUAUCCAUGUUUAUUGUUGCAAUAUACAUCUGUGUACAUCUGUUAGAGCUAACUUAAACAAAGACAUUUAUUUAUGGCCCAGGAACCAUCGCUUCAUCCUUUAUCUCUGUCAAAUAUACCUAACUUCAGUACUCUUCAGCAUUUUUAUUUGAAAAUACAGUAUAAUAAUGUUAAUCAGAUAUAAAGUUCUAGGUGUGUUCUGAGGGUUAUGUUCUGUGUCUUCUCCACGUUCACCUCUCAAAUCUGUUUGCGUAUCCGCAGUAAUGUCCCGUCGUAUUUAUGCGCCUGUGUCCCCUGUCAGCUGGUGUGCUCUCACUUUGUGCAGUGUGUAUUCAGUUAGGUUUCUUUCUCCUAAGGCGUCGCCACAGCCUUUCACGUUCAAAGCAAUAGAUUUGAGACUUCCUGAAGCAUUAUGGGAAACUGAGUGCUCUAUGCGUCUAUGCGAACUGCUCCCUCCCUUUAAGUCCAGGUUUCAAACCUUCAAGGCCAAGUACAAGUUUCUGUGUGAGUGCACUGUGAGCAUAUCUUCUCUGACCAUAGGUUAGCCCUGAUGCUGUAGCUAUGUAGCUAAUGUCACACAUCUCACACACACACACACACACACACACACACACACACACACACCCAUACACUUACACUCACCAGAUCUGGGUCAGAUACUGUUUAUCACAGCAGGGGAGAAAAGGAGCUCUCACACUGUCACACAGCGGCUCCUGAUGCAAGAAAAAAAUAUCAAUACAUAGGUUAUUAAAAUACUGCAGCAAACCAGUGUGCAGUAUAUUUUGCUCAUGUACUAUACUGUUUGUAUAUUGUUUGGGGCUUACCUACCUGUGGAGGCACAACUAUGAUGAAAAAUGAUGAUCAUUUCCCAGCUAUUAUGGUAGAGAGUAUUAUUCUCUUAUUUUUGAUUUGAUGAUAUUUAUGAUCCAAUAAUGGCAUCUUUUACAAACAUGACUGUUUUCACCCACAGUGAACAUUUUAAAAAGUUUCAGUAUUACCAGUAUAGCAGUACUUUACAGUUGUUACAGUGGUAGGCUUUUAACUCUCCCAGUGAGGUAAGCCCCACACAUUUAAAAUGUCAAACAAGUUUGGAGGUGGGAACAUUUUUGUGGGCCGUGGAUUUCAUGGUAAGUAGGUGAUAAGUUGCAAGUUAUAUAUCAAAAAUUUCUUUGAAAAAAAAACCAAACCAAAACUUUUACCGUCUCCAAACUGAACAUUCCAAAUGAUGCUGCAAACCAAAUUCAUGGUUUUCAUUUGAUGGUUUCCCCUGUAGAGCUGCACAGAACUGAAGUUGCAUUCAAGUUGCAGGUGCAGAAAUUCUCUGUCCAGUGGCAACCCUGGUUUCAUUUUCAUGAUCUAAUGGAUUUGAAAUAUUGAUCUCGAAUUGAUGUGGAGUUUGGUGACACAGUAAAAGUAAAUGUUUUGGUUUUCUAUAAAAUUUUGGGGUAAACAAUGUAAUUUGGGGGAAAUUUCAAAUACUUGCUAGUUAUUUCCUACUUACCAUGAAAAAUUAUUGGCUCAUUAAAAUGAAUGUUAAAAUGAAUGUUAAAUGAAUGUUACCAAAAAAAAGGUAUUUGCAGCCAUUUGACCCUGGCUUUAUCCACGCAAACACAUAAACUAAAUUUAAAAAAAAAAAAAAAAAAAAAAAAAAAACAAGCUUCUGUAGUAUCUGUGCUGUGUGGCUUCAUAGAGAUCUCCAUGCCAUGUAACCCGAUGGUCUCCAUGGAAUAUUCCACGGGCACUUCAACAUUGUGCAUACAAAAUAUCAGGACUUCCUGUUUUAUUCUCUUAAAUAAACCAAAAGCUUUGAUUUCUUAUUGAUCUCACCUAUUAAAUCCACUUCUGAAGUGAGCGGAUGAGGUAUAAAUACAAGAGAACAGACAGAUUAUGUAUUAUACCAGUAACUCUGCAGUCAGAAGGUGGUCCAGAUGUUUUGCACCCGGCGUGCGCUCAGUUCAGCCUCGGCGUGUUCACGCGACACACUCUGCAACCUCACUGUGGCGUGUCCACUUUCCUCUGCUCAUGCAACCACAGACUGAGAGACACACCCAAACUGUAGACCUUUGUUCCCACAGCCAUGCAGCUUUACAGAUGAAGCCGCCCUCCAAACUGUCCACCACCUGUGCAUGCAUGCGAUGUGGCAUUGAUAAUAUGCAUGUGUGCGUAUGGAGCGUCAGGUGUGCAUUCGGGUCCUCGGUUUAAAAGUCACCACUUGCAGGUACCAAGAGCUUGUGUUUGUGUGGUGUGUGUCUGCGUGUGAGAGAGGUAGAGAGAGAGAGAGAAAUUCUAAUUUAUUUUGAUGUCCAUGAGUCAAAUGUGCUGUAUGACUUGUAUGAGUACAGUAAUUCCAUUUGUGUAUGUUCACCUGUCCACACACACUUCUCCAUACACAUGCAGUUCUUAUCAAUAUCGCGCAAUGCUCAGACUGCAACACACUAAAUCACCUCAGGGAGAAACAAAAAUGACCUGUGUCACAGCUACACACACUCAGACACACACACAACACUGUUGACCUGUUAAGACCGCCAGAUAUAUCUACACACACACACACACACUCUUUAAAGGUCUUCUUAGGAUACCUCAUCAGUAAAAGUCUAUUGUCUUUAUUUAAGUUGUGUCUUGCCUUUACCCGGCUCAGUCCAGUCUUGUCUCAAACUAACCUAUGGACUCACUGGAGGCAGCGUGUAUCUCUUUCUGCAGAUAAAGUGUGCAAGUAAGGGCUUCACCUUGUCUGUAUGCUGUUAUCUUCAACCCUGUUUUUACACAAAGACAUGGCCGUCCGUCCCCACUCCCUCCUUCCAACUGGAACGCUCCUUUCCGGAGUCUCCUCGUGCUUUUAAAUGCAAAAGCAUAGAAUGUUUCCAGCAAACAGUUUUUGUACCAACUUUAAACAAUAAAGUCAAAAAGUGACACAUUUCA